AUGUCAUCUCGACAUCGUUUUCUUCAACGAUCAAUUACUCAUGUUUCAUUUCAUAAUCGUCUUACUGAAGAAGAUGUUAUGUGGCGCCGACGUGAACAUGAACGUGAAGAUGGAGAAAAAGAUAAUAAGAAACGGCUACAUCGAUCUCGAUCACCUUAUGAAAAACAAAAACGAUAUUCUCGAAAAUAUCGCUCAUCAUCUUCAUCAAAUGAUGAAAGGAACAGUAAUAAUAAUAAUAAUAAUAAUAAUCGAACUGACGCUGAAUUUGGUCCACCAUUACCAUCUAAUCUGGGUAUAAAUGCUGAUCAAUGGGAUCAUGCUUUUUUUAUGCAACGAUAUCCAGAUGAAUAUGAAAAACAAAUUAAUAAACCCAAACGAAACGAUUCUACAAGUAGCGAAAAUAAGAAAAAAAAGAAAAAACAUACCAAGCAUCAUCAACACAGAAGAAUGGAAGAAGAUAAUAAAAAGAAAAGUAAACGACGACAUAGAUCACGAAGUUAA